GCAUGAUUAGACGAUGAAGCUUCACGUGGUAGUAGACUGUACACAAAGAUAAUUACCGUUCCAAUGAUUUAUAUAUCCAAAGGUUAGCGCGGGGAUUAGUACAUAUACCGACGCGGAGCCCCACAGUAACCACCCAGCCUUAAUGAAACCCGCGUCUUUGACCACUCGUCGAGUCGGCGCAACCCCUUUCCUUCCCAUCCUCGUCUGUCACUCCUCCCCCAUGUCCGAUCUGUCUUCCAUGGAGCUUACCUCUGCCAAGAAGGCAACUUUCUUGAACAGUCCUAAGAUAAUUCCACUCCUCGCCCUUCUUUUAAUCUUUCUCACCGUCUGCCCAUUGUACUACCCUAUCCGUUGCAAAGAUCACCCGGAGGAGUUGCCGGAGAAGUCGGUAGAGGGGACAAGGUCCCGUCUUCCCACGCCGGACGAUCAGCAAAAAGGGCAAAUUUUUCCUCAGAAGCAAGAAGCGGAGAACCUAAGUGCUCCAGCUCUCGCAACUCUUCAUCUUUCCCCUCCCCAAGAUCUGCCCAUAGCGUCUGGAGCGGAAAAGGGUGUGGAACUUCAACUUCAUCCAGCAAAUCCGGAUGCGAAAAACGCCAGCAGAGAGAGCUUCAAGAAAUGUGACAUCUUUACUGGAGAAUGGGUUCCUAAUCCUGAUGCGCCUUAUUACACGAAUAAUACUUGUUUUAGCAUCCAAGAACAUCAGAACUGUAUGAAAUUUGGUAGGCCUGAUGAUGGGUACUUGAAAUGGAGGUGGAAGCCUGACGGAUGUGAGUUGCCAAUUUUUGACCCUCAUGAAUUCUUGGAGCUUGUAAGAGGCAAAUCUUUAGCUUUUGUUGGAGAUUCCAUUGCAAGAAAUCAUAUGCAGUCACUUGUUUGCCUCCUAUCAAGGGUUGCUUAUCCAAUGGACAUUUCAAAUACAACAGAUGAUAACCGGAAGCGUCUGGUAUACAAAGAUUACAACUUCAACAUAUCUAUGUUUUGGGCACCAUAUUUGGUCAAAACUGGCAUCACUUUCAAUGAGAAUAACAUUAACCCAUUCAAUCUAUAUCUAGAUGAAUUUGAUGAAUCCUGGACAACAAAGAUUGGAGCUUUUGACUUUGUAAUUAUUAAUGCUGGCCACUGGUUUUUCCGUCCUACAAACUUUUAUAUAGACCGUCACCUCGUUGGCUGCCUCUAUUGCCGAGAAACCAAUGUAACCCACAUGGCGAAAGACUUCAGCUAUAGAUGGGCUCUAAGAACGGCAUUUCGAGCAAUCAAUAGUUUGGAAAAUUUCAAGGGAGUCGCAUUCUUGAGGUCAUUUGUCCCACAACACUUCGAACAUGGUAAUUUCGACCAAGGCGGAGAAUGUGUGAGGACGGAGCCAUUUCAGCGGAAUGAUACCAUCUUGAACAAAAUCGAGAUAGACAUGUAUGAUAUUCAAAGGCAAGAGUUUAGAAUUGCAAAGGAUGAAGGGACGAAAAAAGGGGUGAAAUAUAGAUUGUUUGACGUAACACAUGCGAUGAGGUUGAGACCAGACGGGCAUCCUAAUAAAUACGGUCACUGGCAGAAUCCGAAUGUCACCAUGUUUAAUGACUGUGUGCAUUGGUGUUUGCCUGGGCCGAUAGAUUCGUGGAGUGAUAUCUUCAUGGAGUUGUUGAAGAGGGAGGUUGAAGGUCAUGAGGAGUAAUGGGAUGCCACAAAUUUGACUGGCAAACAACCCUCACUGGCCGUGCUUAAUGCUUCCUGAGGCGCUGAAGUUUUACUCGAGUUAAAUGGACCAAUGUAAUAUGUGCAAUCUCAAAUAGUUUGGGCAUACCUGUAAAGCAGGCUGUAACAUGUAACAAUAUGUUUGUGGAUUCGAAAUUUAUAUUGUGCCUCCUUAAAUAAAUAGCAUACGGGUACCACAGAAAUUUUAAGCCAAUCCAAUUAUGACGAUAACAUCCUCGUUAUAGUGGUAUUAGAAGUUCUAUUAUUUGCAUUUUAA